AAUCAAAUAUGAAGAUAUUUCUGUUUAUUCAUCUGUAUUUGUGCCUGACAAUCUUGAUGAACGUUUUACCAGCAAGAGCAGAAAUACCUUGUCUUUGCAACAGAGUAUAUGCUCCAGUUUGUGGUACAGAUGGAAAGACGUAUGACAGCCAAUGUGAUCUUAAUUGCGAAGUGGAGACUGAUCACAGUUUAGAAAUUAAACACUUUGGAGAAUGUGAAUGAGGAUAAAUUUAUAAAUCGUAACUAUAGUUUGG